AUGUCAUGGUUUUGCUGUCCUUAGGAGUUUUUUAUUUUUUAUUUUUAUACUAUAGUAUAUUAAGUGGUAUUCUGACGCGUACAGUCAAACAUUCACAAAUACACUAAGCUAUUUUUGAACCUAAGGGCAUUCACAAUAAUAAUUAAAAAAGCAAAGCGUGUACCAUCAAUACAAAAUUAGAAAUAAAAAGGGGUUUAUUUACAAACUAGCAGCAACUGCGAUGGCUGAAGGAGAACCAUCGUGUACCGAGGAGGGCACCGAAUUUUCAGAGUUCCGGUGUCCGGGUUGGAGCGAGUCUCAGCUCCGCAAGUACACUUUCCAGACCCGGCCAAUACCCAGGCUCUCCCAUACCGACCCCAGGGCUGAGAUGCUUAUAGACAAUGAGGAACCGGUUGUGUUAACAGACACCAACCUCGUCUAUCCAGCACUCAAAUGGGACACAGACUUCUUGCAAGAAAGCAUAGGAGAUGGAGACUUUUCAGUGUACAUUGCCCAAACUCACAAGUUCUUGUACUACGAUGAAAAAAAAAUGGCAAACGUUGAAAACUUUACACCAAAGUCAAGGCGAGUGGAAAUGAAAUUCAGUGAAUUUGUGGACAAGAUGCAUGAGACUGAAGAAACUGGUGGAGAGGAAAGGUUAUAUUUGCAGCAAACACUGAACGACACAGUAGGGCGGAAAAUUGUGGUGGAUUUUCUGGGAUUUAACUGGAAAUGGAUUAACAAACAGCAAGCCAAACGGAACUGGGGGCCGCUGACAUCCAACCUGCUUCUCAUUGGCAUGGAAGGGAAUGUGACCCCAGCACACUAUGAUGAACAACAGAACUUUUUUGCUCAAAUAAAAGGUUACAAACGAUGUAUACUCUUUCCACCAGAUCAGUUUGAAUGUCUCUAUCCAUUCCCAGUGCAUCAUCCAUGUGAUCGACAAAGUCAGGUUGAUUUUGAAAAUCCUGACUAUGAGAAGUUUCCUAAUUUCAAACAUGUCGUGGGUUAUGAAACAGUGGUGGGUCCAGGAGAUGUGCUUUACAUCCCGAUGUACUGGUGGCAUCACAUUGAAUCCUUACUAAAUGGAGGCAUUACUAUCACAGUUAACUUUUGGUACAAGGGAGCACCCACACCAAAGAGGAUAGAGUACCCUCUGAAAGCUCAUCAAAAGGUGGCUAUCAUGAGGAAUAUAGAGAAGAUGCUGGGAGAAGCUCUUGGGGAGCCACAAGAGGUGGGUCCUUUACUAAACAUGAUGGUCAAAGGGCGGUACGACCAGGCCUUCAGUUAGUGCUUACUGGAGGACACUUUGACAAUGUGUAGCUGCUGGAGGGAAUGCAGCCAGCAGCACAUGUGUGCGCAAACUGUAAGCUAGUUCUGCACGGCCGCACUCAAACACCUACUGUAGGAAAGCUUCUUCCACUUUGCUUUGUCCAUCUGCCAGUGAUGUUACUGUGGAUCCAACCCGUAUCUCUAUCUACACAGAAACAAAAUAGCUGUCAUCAAGGAGAUUUCAUACAUGAACAUUGAUGUGCUCCAGUGUGGAAACUUAUAGUUGCCUGGUAACCAAUGUUGCUGAACUUGGAAUUGGACUGGUGGCCUAUGGGAUUGUCUCAAAGCAGUUGCUUUGUGCAAAAGCUCAGCUUGUUGUGGGAAAUCAAUAAGUAAAGUAAUACGUUUGUUUUUUAUGAAGCAUACAUUUUAACAUAGGUUAUCUGAUGCAUAAUUAGCCAUACAACAUAAAGAACGGUUGUUUCUACAUUUGGUUAUUGGAGCUGGUGUGACAGAAACCUAUUUUCAGGUUCUGUUUUAUUCAUUAGCUAGGUAUACAAGCACUUCAAGCCAAAUUAAACACUUGGCAGAUGUUGAACCAAUUGCCUCAAAGACCAAAAAAUAAAUCCUGGGUCAUGUUGUGGGGAAGAGAACUGUGGUUGUUAGGUUAAUGUGAUUUAGAUACCAUACCAAAUCCUGUUAGUUUUUAUCAGUUUUUCAGACAACAUGCUGAAAGUAAAUUCUUGCAGAGAUUUUUCAUCUGUAUGUGAAUCUGGUUUAAUUAUUUAUUUAGUUUUUUUGAGCCCACAAAAACCUUACAGUGUAUAUAUUUGCUGAGACAGCUUCAUUUUGUAUUGCAACUUUGUGUAUGAGCUAGACUUUCUUUGCUUAGCAUUGUUACCCUCACUUACCUGUACUUCUCAACACCCUACUAGCACCAAAGCUUAAAUAAGCACUUAAAUAAUCACUUGUGUACAUGAUGUAGUUCUGACAACAUAGACAACUUUUUUAAAAGUGGACCUGUGUGGGGCUAUCAAACUUAGAAACAGUAUCCUCUUUUAAUGAGAAAAAAGCUUCCAAACCAAAUACAGGAUAAAUAUGGUUUAAUACAAAUUACUGUGCAUUUUGUUAGAUACUAUCAGUUCAGUUAUUGGCAGCAUUUCCAGUUUAAGGCUGAAUUGCAUGCAAAACCUCAGUUGGUUUGAACAGCUGUCGGUUAUAUUCUUCUCUACAGCAUGAUCUCUAUGGGAGGUUUUCCAAUCAGUAUGUACUAUGGUGAUCAUAGAUUUAGAAGUGGUGAACACACCAGCCAUAACUCAAAUCCACAUUUCAAGCACUUGCCAGUUGGAUUGGUAUAUAACACUGGGCAUGAGAGUAGUGUCUGUUCUGUCAACUUCUCGACCUCUCUCCUCUGCAUGUAUGACUGAUUAGAUUGACAGCCCUGCAUGUUGGAAGUGUCCACAAAGAAGUGAUUGCAAGAUAAUAACAGUGAGCUUCCCAGGCUUCCCAGGCUUAACAAUCCCAGGAUUGUUAAUUUCCCAUUAGAAAUUAGUUGACUGCCUAAUAGAUGCAAUUGAAAAUUAAUACAAAGUCACAAUUGAUAUAAGCUCAUUUGUAUUGAAUUGAGUCUUUUUGAUCAAUUUCAUAUACAAUAAUUGUCAUAACGAGGCUAUAUGAUUUAAAAAUAGUGAAUGUAUAAUAAGUCUGGUGUUCGGUAGACUGCUGGGGCUGGCUGGGGAAGGUUUGAGAAAAUAUUCCAAUAUGUUUGAGUUAAACCAAGGUAUGGGAAUUGUACAUAUUUUAUUUACAUGUGUAACUGUGUCAAAUACAGUAUUUGAGGAGUUAACAAAACAGCAUUUGCGUGUUCAAAGAUUGAAAGAACAUACUGCUAACUUUUGUUUGUUUAUUUUUCAUAUCUAAGAUGUGUACAAUUGCUGAUUAAUAAAUCUUUGAUUUAUUUUUUUUGUUACUUAGUGUUUUUGUAACUUUGAUACCCUGUCAUAAUGCAUAUUGCUAAUGACCUGACGAGAGAUGAUAGUUGAUUUUUAAUAAAAACUCUGCUCUGUU